AUGUCGAACCUCCCUUCGGACCCUGCUGCCUCAUCCGAUCCUCCUCCUCCUACGUCUUCAUCACCUCCAGACACCAUGUCUUCGCCGCCGAACGAGUCUCCACUGCCGUCCUCACUCGGCCCUCAAAGAACCGACACGAACACCGCCAUGGUUCAAUCGAUGAGCCCUCCUCCCCCUCCUGUAGCAGACGCCGACCCCCAGCAGAAAAUAUCAAGACAGUUUUCCACCGCCAUUGGCCCGUCCUCAGACGACCCGUCGCCCACAGUCCCUGCCAAAGACGAAGCACCAGCAACAACAACAACAACAACAACAACAACAUCCGCUGCCGGCCCGGCAUUAACGGUGACCCUGCUCCUCACGUCGGGUGCACGGCAUCCCUUCAAGCUAGACAAUAAAUAUUUUGCCAAGCGCAAUGUCGAAGUGCCGGAAAAUGAUCCGUUCAACCUGAGUGUGUACAAGCUGAAGGAACUUAUCCUGCGCGAAUGGCGGGAAGAAUGGGAGGCAAAACCGUCGAGUCCGACUUCUAUUCGGCUGAUAAGUAUGGGCAAGCUGUUGGAUGAUAAAGCAUCUCUAAAAGGUGAGCAAUUUGGAAGAGAUGCCACAGCUCGCGGUGUUGAACUCCAGAAACUGACUCUUCGCUCAACAGAUUACAAGUUCUCAGUCGACGCACCGAAUGUGCUACACAUGACAAUCAAGCCGCAAGAUUUCGUCGAAGAGGAAGACGCCAAGGGCGGCAAAUCCACCUAUUCAGCACACCGCGAGGGCGAGGGGCGAAGCCCUGGCUGUCGUUGCAUCAUCAUGUAA